AUGCUUUCGGCUGCCAUGGCAACCGCACAGGACGACGUGCGACAAGUUCCCUUGCGCACACACUCGCUGCAGAAGCCCUAUCUUGACCAGGACUUUCAUUCCAGAUGGUGGGACUAUGGAGGCACAACAGUCGUCGAUACCGCCAACCACAUCCGUCUAACGUAUGAUCGUCAGCACAGCACAGGAAUGCUUUGGUCCAGGCUUCCAAUCACCGCAACCAACUAUGAGAUUGAGUUUGAGUUCAAGAUUCAUGGACGGGGAGCUGGCCUGUUUGGUGACGGCAUGGCCAUGUGGCUCACAACAAGUAGCGGAGAGAUGGGCCCUGUCUUUGGGAACAAGGAUCAAUUUACAGGCCUAGGCAUCUUCAUUGACACGUACAAGAAUGGCCGCUCAGGCGUCACAUUUCCGUACAUCAGUGCUAUGCUCGGAAAUGGGCAGACAGCCUAUGAUGUCCAAAAUGACGGCCAGGGAACUGAGCUUGCCGGCUGCUCCGCUCGUGGAAUUCGCGAUGCGCCAGUACCAACGAAAGGACGACUGACGUAUUACAAGGACAGCUAUCUUAAGUUCGAACUGCAGUACAAGUCAGAAGGGGAGUGGACUGAGUGCUUCACGGUUCCAAAAGUCGAGAUUCCCAACGUCGCUUACCUCGGCUUCACGGCCAUUACUGGAGAAGUGAGCGACUUCCACGACAUCAUCUCUGUCCAGUCCAGGAACGUCUUCUCUUCAAGCAGUGGGCCCAGUGCGCCCAUAGGAUUUGCCAAGUAUAAGAGCUCGUCCCACGCUGGAAAGGGAUCCUGGUUAGGCUUCCUGACGAAAAUAGUGUUGUUCCUGCUAGUGUGCGCAGCUGGAUUGUAUGGCUACCAGCGAUACAGGAAGGCCUCGCGCAAGCAAUAUCGAGGAUUCGAGUAA